AUGGAACCCCAACCGAGUGCAGCUGAACAGCCGUCGAAGAUAUUCAUCAACCCAAAGUUUGCUAAAGCGCACAUAAAUCCGAUGUUCCUAGCCUCCAACGGCACGUUGAGGCGGCCAGAAGUAAAGCAAGACGAAACAACCCACCACAGCAGCAGUAUACACCUAAAUCCUGCCUUUCUGGAUAAGUUACGGAUUCAACAGGUAUCGCCACCAACAAUAGCAACAACAGCACCUUCUGCCAUUUCACAACCCAUCGUGCAAAGGUCCUUGAUGGCGACAGGAAAAGUUGCUACUACUGUUGCAUCUACCAAACCCGCAUUUACGGGGACAGUUAACCCGAUCAUAAAGAAUACUAGAAGAAAACUGGUUCGGGCUACUGCAACUGUUAGCGAGCCUACUGUUUUGGCAAAAACGAUAGGAAGCGCCGCCGAUCCAGUUAGCAACAGUCACCAGCUUGCUCCUCUGAUAAGGAUCGGAAAGAAUAAGCUUAUCCGAAGCGGUGCCCCGACUACAGUAGUGGGAUCGGAAAAUGUUAAACCCAGAGUUCUAACAAUAAGCAGUACGUUGCCAGAGCGGAAAAGCCUUCGAAUCGAUCGAAGGGUUGCAACAUCGUCAAGGUCCUCAAUGCAAAAGCUGACGUUCGUGAAGCAAUAUGCCUUGUCGAGGAUAAAUGGCAUAACGCCAAAGAAGGUGGUCAUCACGGAUCCGAAGUUGUUAAAACUGAAACGUAAUCCAAUGGUAAAAAGCGACGAGAAGUCCAGACCGGGAAAGAAUUCCAUUGCAUAUGCUUCGAAAAACAAGCAGCUUGUGCUGGUCAAUAUAAACGGAGUGCUUUAUCGUUCCUCGACAAACAAGUUACAAAAGUCCGUUGCACGAUCUCCACCAGCGCUAGAUCAUUCUCCGGUCAAACCUGCACGUAAAACCAAAGAACGCUAUUUGAUUAUAAGAGGAAUGCGCUUCGCCUUGGAUCGUAACGGUAUGAAGCUGCGUUCCGUGGGUAAUGGCGCGGUGAACACUGCGACUGCAUCCAAAACCACUACGGAACCACGAUUAAACCGCAUCGAUAUCGGAGGACUAACGUACAAAGCGCGCAAGGAUGGAAUCUUCAUCCGGACGGACAAUCACAAAACGCGGAACCAUCUGAGUGUUGCCAAACAGCGCAGCAUACAGGUGCUAGCGAGUAAGCUGAGAAAAUGUAACGAACCGUGCCAUAUCUACCGUCGUCUGGGGAAGUGUUUGGCGCAUCAGCGUGGCAAAUGUCCAAAAGUGCACGAUCCAAAGCACGUUAGCAUUUGUCAGAAAUUCCUGCGCGGAGAAUGCAUUCUCGAUGGAUGCUUUCUAUCGCACGAUGUGUCGCUGGAGAAGAUGCCCGUGUGUACGUUUUUCCUCGAGGGACGCUGUACGCGCGAUGUGUGUCCUUAUCUGCACAAGAAAGUGAGCGAAAAGGAGCGCAUUUGUGAUGCAUUUUUGAAUGGAUUUUGUUCGCUGGCCGAUAAGUGUACAAAUCGCCACAUAUUUCAAUGUCCAGAGUUUGAGCAGAACGGCAAAUGCGACCGGAUUAGAUGCCCUUAUCCACAUGGGAAGAAGGAAGUAAAGAGUACAAAAUCUGACAACCCAUCGACUUCGACUGCUCUGAGAAAACCAGAAAGGCAAGAACAACCCAAACCCAAACAGACACCACCGACAAUGACGUCGCCUGUUCGGUACUACAAGGACGACGGACAAUCGAUGACGACAAACCGCGACCAAACGGGUGAGUUUAGUGCAAGUGAGCGUAAUCAGUUAAAACGUAUGCUUGGUGAAGUGGAAAAAAUGAAACAACGAUACAAAGAGGACAUCAAUGCGCCACCGACCGAACGCACUGUGGACAAUGAUGGCCAAAUUGUAAGUAUAGAAAGCAUCCCUACAUCUGACAGUGAUCGUUCCGAAGCGAGUAAAACGCUUUCGGAACCAACACUUGACGAUGCCAAGAACGCUAAUGAGACCGAGGAAGAUACGAGACCAGCGGUGUUUCGUCGUAAAGCUCUCGGUACGCUGCCAGCAUUUAUACCAAUCUGA